AUGACAACAGCCGACGGAUAUGCUACCCCACGGGUAAGCCGGUUGUCGAGCCUGGACGCAUCCCAGGCCGACCUCUACGGCGGUCCCAGUGUGGUCGUUCCUCCUAAACACUUGAUGGCUUCUACCAUUUCCCAUGAAACAGCCAUGGAACUGGAAGCGGCCAAGCAGCACUUUGACGAAGAGGUUUCCUCCGAAGAAGGCUCUCCUCGAGUUGCUCCGCCUGUGACUAAGAAGGCCCUCACCACUGCCGAUGACUUUGCCUUGGCCUUUGAUAUUGACGGAGUCCUUAUCAGAGGCGGUAAGGCUAUCCCUGAAGCUGCCAGCGCGCUCAGGUAUAUCAAUGGAGAGAAUCCGUAUGGCAUCAAAGUUCCAUACAUCUUUGUCACAAACGGUGGAGGCAAGACAGAGGAGGAACGAUGCGUUGAUCUCAGUCGACAGCUUGAGCUUGAAGUCUCACCCGGCCAAUUCAUCUGCGGCCAUACCCCGAUGCGUGAGAUGGCCGAAAGGUACCACACGGUCCUUGUCGUUGGUGGGGAGGGCGAGAAGUGCCGUAUUGUAGCCGAAGGCUACGGCUUCAAGGAUGUCAUCACCCCUGGAGACAUCAUCAAGACUAGACAGGACACUACCCCGUUCCGGAAGUUGACUGACGAAGAAUACAAGAACUCCCGGGUCCGAGACUUCUCGAAGACGAAGAUCGAGGCUAUCUUUGUCUUUGCUGAUAGUCGGGACUGGGCAGGUGACCAGCAGAUUAUCCUCGACGUUCUAAUGUCCAAGAAUGGCCACCUAGACACCCGAUCCGACUCCUUUGACGAGGGCCCGCCAGUGUAUUUCUCCCACAACGACGUGGUCUGGUCCACCUCCCACGAACAUGUCCGCAUCGGCAUGGGAGCUCUCCGAGCCUCCCUUGAGGCGCUGUACAAAGCUGUCACUGGCAAGGAGCUGAACACGAUCGCCUUUGGCAAGCCCCAACUCGGCACAUACCAGUUCGCUACGCGGUUGUUGCGACAAUGGCGCAAGAACACCCAUGCCAUCAACAAGCCACCCAGCACCGUGUACUUUGUGGGCGAUACCCCCGAGUCAGACAUUAGAGGCACGAACGAGUUCAACGAGACCAGUGACGCCGACUGGUUCUCCAUCCUGGUCAAGACCGGUGUGUACCAAGAGGGCACUAUCCCUCGCUAUCCACCCAAGAAGACUUGCAACCAUAUCCUAGACGCGGUCAAAUUUGCCAUUGACCGCGAGAUGGCCAAAGAGAAGAAAGACGGGUCGGCUUUCGUUGACGAUGUUGACUCGGAACUUGAGCUAGAAGCGGGCCUUCUGCCCAACUGA